GAGAGAGAGAAAAUGUCCAAGUCAUGUAAUCAGAGAUUGUGGAUUGUUUCAUUCUGUAUACAUGACCAGGCUCUCCAAUACUGACCUAUCACUUUUCAGUAACUGUUUAUAAUAUUCAUGUGAAAUUUCUUUUUACCAACCUCUAAUAACCUUUGGGAGUUAAGGAUCGGACACGGCAUUAUGCGGAUACAUUGGCUCUAUCAGAACCCGUAAAAACUUGGAUUGUAGCUUGUUCACACAGGAGGAAAGUUUGCUUGGAGCUGUUUGGAGGCAAAAUUCAAUGAUAUGCGCAGGAUGGAGCACACUGUUGGAUUUCCGAUUCAAAUUUGACUGUUGAGUACGAGCACAGCAGUAUUGAGUGGACAAAAAAGAGGAAAGGAGAGGGUGAUGAUGGGAAAUAUUAACAAGACAUCUAGAAAAAACAGUACAAAGAGUAAGGGGUCCUCUCCUGUAGAGCGAAGCGGGUCCCCGCUGGCAACAGCCGUGCUCGGGGGCCUGAGAGAUGCAGGUGAGAUGGGCACAGAAGAAGACGAGGAAAGAGGGAGUGAGCCGGAAUUCGAUGAGCCGCUCUGCGCUCUGGUUAAGAACUGCAACAUGUUGCACAACAUAGUGGGGCCUGCGUGUGUUUUCCUCAAACAGGGCUUCGCACAGAGCCAGCUCGACAGAGACCUGCGGCCUGAGGAAAUGGAAGAGUUGCGUGAGGCAUUCAGAGAAUUUGACAAGGACAAGGAUGGCUUUAUCAGCUGUAAGGACCUUGGCGAGUGCAUGAGGACUAUGGGAUACAUGCCAACAGAAAUGGAACUGAUAGAGCUCAGCCAGCAGAUCUGUGGCGGCAGAGUAGACUUUGAAGACUUUGUGGAGUUGAUGGGUCCAAAAAUGCUGGCUGAGACUGCAGACAUGAUUGGAGUCAAAGAGCUGAGAGAUGCCUUUAAAGAAUUUGACUCUGAUGGAGAUGGUCAGAUUAGCCUUGGGGAGCUGAGAGAAGCCAUGAAGAAGUUGAUGGGAGAACAACUCAACCACCGCGAGAUCGAUGAGAUCCUGCGUGAUGUUGACCUCAACGGGGACGGACAGGUGGACUUUGAGGAGUUUGUCCGAAUGAUGUCUCGCUGAUCGAAGCGUCUAUGCUGCAGUGAAAGGGGACUACACGCUGUUAAUGUUGUAAUUCUUCUUGCUAUACAUUGUUUGUAUCCACCCUUUUAUUCUGUAACAGGUGUGGGAGAACCCUCUGCAUGUGUUAAAGCUCUGCAACAAUGUAAUGUGACUGUUGAGAAUUUGAGUCAUGUAAUGGAAUGAUGUGAAAUAGAAGGGCAGCUGAGCAAGGUAAUGCUCAUGGUCAAAUAUUCUGAAUAGAAUAAAAGUGAUGGAUAAGAAAAUUAAAAAAACUGACUUUCAUAAGACAAACCUGCUGCUCGCAGACAAAUUUUUCACCAUGACUAACCUCAAUUCAGACUUCAAGACUUUGGACUUCAAUCCUGACCAUGUUAAUGUGACUGUUGAAGCAACAUUAGCGACAUUGCACGUAUUUUGUUUUAUAGCAGCCACAAAUACUCAGGGGCUCAACAACUAAAGUAAUCCGGUGUCUUUUUUCAUCGUCACAAUUUAGAUUAUAACACUAAGUGAAUGUGAUAACUAAUGUUUAAGAUGGAAAAUACGGUAUAGACGCCCUAAUUUGCUUCCCUUUGUUGGUAGAAAAUGUUAGAAAAUAAUAAUGUAGAAUGUCAUCAAGUACCAUGGUUCUGAGAUUAAAUGUAUCAACAGUAUUUGAAGAAAAGUUGGUAAGAAGUAAAAAAAAAAACCUACUGAUGAGAUUGUUACUAUUCACGCUCAUAAUCAUUUCCAUUAAAAACUUCAUUCAAAUAAACAGCUUUUUAUUAAGUUAUGAACUAAAGAAUUUUUGAAAAUGUUUGAAAACAU